AUGCGAUUUUAUUUCCAGGUGCAAAUCCUGCUCGUCGACUUUGGAACAAGCGAGCUGGUCGACAUGCCGGCCACCGUGCGCCAUAUCCCGCCCCUCUCCUUCCCGCUGGUGGUCCGGAAGCCGAUGCUGAUCGGUGUUCGCGAGGAGGAAAUGCGCACCACCCUCAAGCAUGCCCGCAUCUCAGUUCGUUUGGGCUCGACCACCGAUGGUGUCGUGUUCAACGGCGAUGAACUGCGCGUGUUCGACAAGGACAGCGGGGAAUUGAUGCCCGUCAACGAGGCCGUCCACUGCGCCAGCCAACUCGAGCGUGUCGUGUACAACAUCAACAGCCGACCGGACUCAGACGAGACGGACGGCCGCGCUGUGGAUGAGCCGGCGACUUUGAUGGGAGACGGGCUCAUCUUCACUGAUGACGAAAAGCCC